AUGGUCAAAAUCGGUUACUUUCAUAAAAAAAAAUUAAAAAAAUUAUGGUCAUUUGGACGAACUAAGCCUGGAAAAACUCACGUUAAUCAACAAGUAAAUACAUUCGAUCUCUUUAACGAUGACACACAAAGUAUCACAGUUAAUAACGAUAAUAACACACUAAUUCAACCCACAUCACGCAACGUCACAAAACUUAAUUUACUUUCACCGUCAGAUGCUGACUACCAAACAAUCAACACCAAAUUCAUGUCGCAUAUUCCAGCGGCAACUGUGAGGGCAAUCUUUUAUCUCGAAAUGCCCGAAUACAUUGUUGAGCGGCACGAAUUGAUGAAGAAAACGAUUCCAGUUCCACGGCAAACAUUUCACGGGACUAAACACUACUGUGAUCCUAAUCGUUAUAUCACUAGCAAAGGAGAAGCGAAACCUUGUGACAAUGUUAACUGCGGAUUGUGUGGAAUUAUCAAAGCCGGAAAUCGUAUUGAUAUGUCGAGUAGUGGUAUUUGGUCGGCCUUACACGCCACCACAUCCUUAGCCUACACACUUCCCACACCAAUGCGAGUAAUGUUCGUACUUGACAUUCUCUCAGAUCUCCCAGAUAAUACGCUUACUCCAUAUGUUACUCAAGAUGCGGCUGCCAUACCGCGGUUCUUGAUAUUGUUUCAAUAUGCGUGA